AUGACUGGAGAGACCCAGCAUGUUUACACCAUCGGCGACAUUGAGGCCGGCCCCAAAGACCCCGACAAGGACUUUGGCUUUGAAGGCUGUGGGGAGAAGGAUGGGAGGGCGCUAGGUGGGGAGGGCACAUCCCCUUUUCCCACCCCUAAGGACAAGGAGCCCCACAGCCAGCGGGAAGCCGUGAUCCGGCCACAGCAAGCCGGGAAGAUCGACUUCAAGUCGCUCCACCGCAAACCCAAGUUUGGCAAUGAUGGCACAUGGGGAGAGGACAAGAGCAGCCCCCAGUCCCCACCAGGGAAGGGGCGAUCCCGGGAGCGCAGCCGGCGCUCGGGGAAGGGCGAGCGGGGUCACCAUCAGCUCUACCGGCUCAGCAUCGCCGGUACCCGGCCGAACCCCACCAUUGGCAUCGCCUACCCCCAGCAGAAGGUGACCCCCCCAAAGGAGCCAGAGGCAAACCACGGCCCCGUGGCCGGCAGCUACCGCUUCCAUGUGCCCAGCAUCCCCCAGCGCGAGGCUGAGCUCCAGCAAGAAGAAUUCGGCUUCGGACGCUGUUUCUCUGAUGCCAGAGCCGGCCGUACCUCCACCAACUAUACCUCACAGACUGCUCCCUCCCAUGGCCCCAAAGGACAGCCCCCUGCCGCCGGCAUCCCCCUCAAGAGCCCCGGCACCAAUGGGCAGCUACAUUACCUAGAGUUUCAGGCCAACAGGGCUGACUCUUGGCCAUCCCUAGAGAAGAGCUUUGCUGGUGCUAGCUAUGGGAUCUCGGUGCAGAAGCCCAGCUCUUUCCCUGAGGGCAGCAAAGCCGGUGCCCAAGCCCUGGGGACUUUGCCAUGCCAAUACCCCUUCCAGCUGCUGCACGAUGUGGGGAAGGAGCCGUACCGCAGUGAUGCGGGGAGCCAGGAGUACCUGGAUGUGGGGCUCACCCCCAGCCAACUGCCUCACGGUGCCUUUGCCUUCCACUCCGCCUCCAGAGAGUGGCAAGAGGAGGUGCUGAGCAGCGGUUCCUAUGAGAACAUGUCCCCCGAGGGCAGGCUGUAUGGUUUGCCCACACCACCAACACCAUUCCUGCACCCACCGCCACCGCCAGCCCCACACCAUGGCCCACUGCCAUGCCGCAAGGGCAGGAGCGAGCAUCCCACCGACUCCAAUGGUGCUCUCUCGUCAUCUGGUGCUAUCGACCAAAACCCAAGCACUUUCCAAGAAAACCAAGCUGUUUUUCCGUCUAGUUUACACUCACCCAGUAUGCCAAAGCCAGUCGGUAAAAGGCAAGCCUCAGCGAAAGACAGUGUCCCCAGCCCGCGGGGGCUGGUCCAGAGCAGAAGGAACAUGCCACCAAACCCUCUCUCCCAAGUGCACUUUCAGAGCAAAGCCUAUUGCAGUUCCCCCGCGGGCAGCGCCAGCACAGGAUCUGUGCCUUUCGAGACAAGCAUUCCCACUACGGCACCCACCCACCCCAGGCUUGUGCAAGCUUGGGAAGGUGCCACUAAGGCGUUUUCUCCCAUGGACCAGAACUCAGCACCUUAUUCAAACCCUGUUGGAAACCAGUUCUCAUUCGAGUGCCAGUCUGGCCCCGAGCAGAGGCAGCACAGGCAGAAAAAUGCCAGGAUGCCUUGGCAGCAAAUACACCUCACUUCUGCAGUGCCUGGUCAAAACAGGCUAGAGCUGUCGAGACAGAUCACCAGCCAGAAGCUCCCCUUCCCUGUGGGCACAUCAGAGUGGCAGGGGAAUGGGAAAGCCCAGAAAGGGCCCCUUGCAAAUAACUCUCCAGGGUAUCACAGCAAAAAGCUCUUGUCGGGAGAGAGCCUUGGGGUCCAGAGGGGAGACCCCAACUCAACAGGCACUUUUGCUUUUGAGAGUGGGAAGGAGCCAGGGUCUCCUGCCUGUGACUCGAGAAACAAAGCCCUGUUCUACAGCAUGGGUCAAGCAGGUCCUCCUCCAUCAAGGAGCUCAUCGGGCUCAGCGCUGGUCCUACCACCAUCAGCCUUGGUGGCUGCCUCCCCUUGCGAGUCCCCCCUGCCAUCCCCUGUCCCCAACCCUACCUGUGGCAGCACAUGCUCAUCGCUCUCACCUAUGUCCAGCAGCCCCCUCAACCCCGGCUUUGAAGACAGCCAGAUGUCUGGAGCACUCACCCCUUCUCCCUUCUUCCAGCAUCCCUGCCAUCCCAAGGACAGCAACAAAACCUUCCAGCCCUCCGAUGUCCUGAGCUCCAGCUCACUUCAUUACCACCCCCAAGACUCCAUUAAGUCCUUCCACUUCCCUCCCGAUGCCCUCAAAGACAACAGCCUCCUGAAAUGUGCACCCGCGAGCCCAUUCCAUAAACCCAGCAUGGAGGUGGCCAAGGGAUGCUCGGAUGGGCUGGAUGGAGAGCAGCCUCCUCCACCGUACUCCUCCCAUCACUUGCUGGCCAGUUCACUCAGCAGUGCUAGCCUGGACCAGCUGGACGUGCUCCUGACCUGCAAGCAGUGUGACCAGAACUACAGCAACCUCUCCUCCUUCCUGCAGCAUCGCCAGUUCUGCACCUCCCAUCCCAAUCCACAGGGAGAGGGCAAGGAUGCUUCCCUGGCAUCUGAGGGGCGGAAAGCACUCCUUCCAGAGCCCUCCAAACCCCCCAGCCUGGGGCUCUCUCCAGACACCCAGGCACAUUUGUUGGUAUUAAACAAGAGCGAUGACUUCUUGCUAGAUGGGGAUAGCAAAAGCGAGGGCAAGGAAGAUGCUCUGAAGGGUGGUCUUUUCAAUGGCCUUGCUAACAGCUCCUUGCCACUCACUGCCUCAGACCUGGACAUUGAUGAUGCCAAGCUGGACAGCCUGAUCACUGAAGCCCUCAAUGGCCUGGGCUACCAGUCAGAUAACCCAGAGAUUGACAGCAGCUUCAUAGAUGUGUUUGCUGAUGAGGAGCUGACAGGCCUGAAGACGGCUGGUGGUGGGUUGUCCCACAAGGCAAAGGAAGCUCUGGCCUCGGAGAGCAAAUCAAAGCAGGCAGCAGUGGAGGAGAAGGCAGGAGACCAUCCAAAGGCUGUCUACUUCUAUGAAGAUGGUGGGGGUCAGUCAAAGAGAGCAUCAGGAAAGCAGCACCUUCACAAGGGGAGGGCAUCACAGAGGUUGGCAGCCCAGGAGCCAGAGCCUGGGGAAGCAGGAGCAGAGAGGACAGCCAGGCUGCGGGCAGGCAGGAAGAACAGCAUCCCACCAGCCACUACCUCCUCCAAGUCCACCUCCAGCCAGAAGCAUCCCAGGAAGCUCAGCCAGGAGCCUUCAUCAAAGAGUGAGGUGGGACCAGGCACUGGUACCAGGAGUUCCAAACCACCACGGUUCUCCAUGAAGGACCUGAAGAAGAGGAAGCCCCGAAGUGGGACAUGGAGCAAGGAGCUCAUUCACAAGAUAGUGCAGCAGAAGAACAAGCUCCACAAGCUGCAGGUGAAGAGCAGCAAGCAGGCGCAGUGCCCCCAGGUCACUGAGAGGCUGAUGCCAGCCACCAAAGAGGGCAGGUUUCGGGAGUAUGACUAUGUCUCCGACUCGGAUGAUGAUGGGGCAGAGUGCAGCAAGCUCCGGGGGAGGAAGAAGCACAGCAUGGGAUUCACUGGGAAAACCAAAUACAGCUUUACCAAGAAACGUCCUGGAAGAGGGGAGAGAGUCAAAGAGAAAGACCCCACCUGGAGCUACAGCCGGAAGAAGGACAGUCAGAAAAGGGAGGUACAGGAGCACGGUGGGGUCCCAAGUCAGGAGGAUGCUGAGGAAGAGGAGUGUGCCACCAGAGGCCCAAGACAGAGCAGCCAGUCAUCUACUGGCAGCAACCACAGUGGUAGUGUGCCCAGUGAGAUGGGAACCAGUCCAUCCCAUGCUGAUGGGGCUGGCUCAGGCAGUGAGAAGGGAGGCACACAGAGAAGGAGCUUGGGCAGCCCAGCAUGCACACCAAGGACUCCACUCAGCCCUCCCAGGGACAGGAGCCCAAAGAAGAGCAAGAAAAGCAAAGAGGACUUUCCCAGGGGGAGCAGGAGGUUUGGUUCAGCCAAACCUUUGCCAUCGGGCUCCAGGACAUGUCCCACUGCUGAACCAGCUGUUGUUGCAAUGGAUUGUGCAAAGGAAAAGGCAUUAGCACAGCCCCAGGAAAGGCCCAGCACGGCCACCUCGGGCAAGAGCCCCAUUGGACUCUGCAAUAAGGAGGGGGCAGAAGAAGCCAAAGAAGCAGCAAAGCCCAUGGGCAAGGCAGGAGAACCCACCCUGGAGGCUCAGGACUCACCUGAGCUGACCAUGGUCAACCAGAGCCAUCAGUUUGGCCCUUUCACGAGUGAUGGAUUGAAGUACCAUGCAGAAGAGCUAGUUGCUCCAUCCCACAGUGGUAACGAAGCUAGUCCUAGCAAUGUGAGUGCUGCCUACUCAGAAAUGAGCAUCAAAUACUUGAAGGCACACGGGCUCAGUGAAGGUCAGAAGGACUAUUCUGCACCAGUUGCCACAUACGGGAUGGAUGCAGUGGGGAUAUUGCUCACUGCCAAGGUGCCCAAUCCAUACGUCAGCAGUGACAACACAUUCUUUGAUCCCAAAGGCCUUCCUGGGCACUAUGAUGGCAACCUCUUCUCAAAGCCCCCAGCCCUGGGCUCCUCACACAUGGAAGACAUGUACCUAUGCCGGGAUGACAUCAACACCAGCUCCUUAGAGCAGAAGCAUGCCAGCAUCUCCCCUUACACCACAGAAACAUCACAGGGCAAAGUCUCCUCCCCUCUCAGCUUUGAUUCCUCUUCAAUAUUUGGAGAGCUUCCUGUCACUGAGUUCGAUCCACCUCUGUAUGAAGGUGUUUCUGCAAGCAAGGAUGGUUUUGUGACCGCAUUUACCUGUUCUGGCAAUCCCCCCACCAAACCGCUGCCAUUCGAUCAACCAUAUCCACCAUUCAUGCCAGAGAAAGACUGGUCCCUCAUGGAGGAGGUGGCUCCGAUACUGCCAGAAGACAUGACUCAGUUCCACAACCUUUCAGUGGAGAAGCCACUAGCCAAGAAGUUCCCUGAGGAAGGACCUGUUCCCACUGCCCAGCUCUCCCUGCCGCUGCCGGACAGGAUAACGGAUUAUAAUGUGACCUUUAUGAACAACAUGUCAGACGAUGAGCUGGAGAUCAAGCGAUUAGUGACAGAGCUGGAGAGUCAAUUGCAAACCAGCAAGAUGGACCAUGAGGCACCAGUUGCCCUCCAGAAACAUGAGCAUCACGUUGCUGCCCAUCUGCGGGUACCAGCAGCUGAGCGGUUCCCACUGCCGGUUGAGCAAGGGGCAGGCCAUGAGAAAGGGCUGUUUUUGGCACAUGAACUGGGCAGACCAAGCCUCUGUGCUGGGGAGAGGCUGGGAGGUGAGAAACCGGCUGUCACUAGUGCCCAUGGGGACUAUGAGAGACCAAGGGAGCCCUGGCCCUGCCCAGUAGAGCUGGGGUCUCUGGAGGCAGGGAUGUGCAUGCCAGCCCCACUCACCAUGGACCAUUUCUGCUCCAAAGACAGUGGUGAGCAGCUCCAGUUAACUGCAGCUGCCAAGGAAAGUGACCCUGGAAAGAUGGAAAAUGGAUCUUCCUCCAAAGGUCUACCUGGUUCACACACACCAGACCAAAGAGAGGCUCCCAUCUACACAGACUCUGUGACUAAAAGCCCUCCUGUUGCCACCAACCCCAUGUUCCCCAAGACCCUGGAGGCAGUUGAAGCAACCAAAGAUCCCCUUCCAUCCCUUCCAUGCCAACGUGGUGCCAAGAGCUUCCCUGUGCCAGGCAAAGCAAAUGAAAGCUUCAAUGAUGCUGCAGAGCUGGGGAAGUUUGAUGCCCAUCUUCCAAACCACAAACCUGGAUUUGGCUUUCAGCAGGUUCCUGCCCCAGCCUCGGAUCCCACCCUUUCACCUCACAUCAAAGAGGUCCCGGAUACAGAAGAAAGACCCUUAAGCAGGCCCGAGUCAGCCAAAAUGGCACAAAAUGCCAUGGACUUCAAAGGAGAUAGUGGUGGGUCUGUGUUGGUGGAAGAAAGAGAGGACAGAAAGAGCCCCAACAGCUGUCCAGGCACUGGACCCAGAGGCAAAGCCAGCAAGCAGAAAGUGCUGCUGUUGGAUAUGCUGAGUGUGCCCAAGGAGAGUGACUGUGACUCCCAGAAGGCAUCCCAGGAGCCAGCUGCCAACCCUCUGCAGCAGCUCCAGCUCUUCGUUGCCCGAACAGUGAAGAGCAAUGAAGAGGAGCUGUUGAUGCCAUGCUUCCCCAUGCUGCUUGCUCCCAACCACCCCUCUACCACCACCCGCAUCCAGCCAGAGCAGAAGGAGAACAGCAGUGCUUUGGAAGGGGAAAAUCAGACCUCCUGUCCUGCCCAAGGGGAAGGGAAUGUCCCCAUUGAAGGCAACAUGGAAAAUAUUGCUACCCUAGCAAAAGAGGCUGUGAUUUUUCCUGGUGGGUGCGAGCCGGAGUCAUUCAGUUCAAUGGGUUCUUUCCAUGCAAAACAAUCUACGUUUGCAAGGCCUGAGCUGCAAAAUAAUGUAACAGAGCUGCAGCACUUAGCAAAUGAGCACGCAGAGCUGGGUGACAUUAAUAUCCGUGCAGAUGGUGUUUCCCGAGAGCGUAAUGACCUCUCACCACUCAGAAGCACAGCAGUGACCUUACUGCUAGGGCAAGUAAAGAAAGCUGAUCAGCUCAUGGAAGAACAGGAGCAAGAUAAAAACAAAGCAACCUUGGCAUUUAAAGAACAUGAGCAAUCUCAUUUGAACUGUAGCUUGCUAGAGAAAAACACACUGGGCAGUGCAGCAGCAGAGAGGAUGGAAAGGGACCAUGUAGGGCAGGGGACACAGCCUCCCACUCCCACAGAUCCCACCAGCCCUCUGGGUCCCUCCAAUGAUGGUCUCCACCAGGAUCACUGCUUGGUGCCAGAGACAGAAACCAGCACAGUCAGUGCAAAGGGUCCUAGGGAAGGAAGUGGCAAGAAGCCCCUCAGUGGUUGUCAUUACACAAGUGAAUCUCUGGCCAGCCUGCCCUUGCCAACCAAUUGUUCGGACCCCAAAGGCUUGCAGAGUGGUGGGGCUGAGGAAGGAGAGGUCCCCAUUUUUAACCUUGAGCCUUCAGAUGAGGGGAAUGCCUUGGAGAUGGAUGGUACCCAGAAGGACUGCUCUCUUCCCUGCUCUCCACCUUUCAACCAAAAGAGUGUUGGGAAAGAGGCACCAGAAAGUUCCCAUUUUAACGAAAAUCAAGCAUGCACCAUCACAGAUACAGUCAUUAACUCCAUUCCUCCAAAAAGCCAAGAUGAUCCAACCCAGCCCUCAAUAGAUCUUCUGCUGAUCAGAGAAAGACAGAUAAACCUGAACCAAGAGAACAAGGUUGGAAGCUGCUCUGAUGAUGGAAAUACGUGCCAAAGUGACCCAAAGGCUUUGUCCAAUGGUUUUGUUGCUCAGCAAGGACCAGCAGCUGCCAGCAGAGAUCUUACAAGGACUGGAGAUCUUGGUCCUGCUGAAUUAAAUGGCCAUGAGCUUUCAGCAGAGAUGGGACUUGGUCUUUCCCAAACCACAGAGAGUGGAGGAAAGAGUUUAGAAGGGGAGAAGCCAAAAAGUGAUGGGGCUGGAGAAGCCGAGAGCUGUGUAUUGAACAGUAUGGGCCAAGGGGAGGGCAAUGCACCCAACAGUACUCCAAAUCCUCCCCAGAAUGAACUGCACAAAGAAAAGAAACCAAAUGGGGUCCCGGUGACCUGUGACAUUUGUUCAGCCACUUUCCGGUCCAAGCCUGGUCUAACCAGGCACAAAGCUGUCAAGCACCAGGUGAGGAAUGGUGGCACGCCACAGGCCAGCAAGACGGCCAGGUCCACUUCGGUUCCUCCAGACAACACAACUAAAGCAGCCCAAAAGGUGCCCAGGAGGGGCCUGAAGUCUUCAAUCAAAGACAAAGCUGACAGCGCACAGACGGCAACCAACGAUGCUGAACAGACCCCCAAGAAAAUAGGCUCAGACCUGGAGAAAGAGCCCAGCUCACAGAUGCAAGAAGUGGUGAGCAGAGUGCUCAGCGACCUCAGUGUGAUCUCCUUUGAGAUGUCCCAGGAGCUGCACCGCACACGUGUUCUGCAGAGGGAGAUGAAGGCAAAGGGAUCGCGCUCAGAGCCAAGGGGAGCAGGAGAGGCAGAGGAUGGGAAGCUGGACUCGGGACGGCAGGGCAGGAAGGGAGAUAAGGGCAGAAGGAGCCAAAGCAAAGAUCCUGGGGACGUGAAUGGCAGUUCUGAAAAGAAGCUGAACAGGAAAGUGAGACGAAGGAAAGCAAAGGUGUUUCCCAGCAGAAACGAGCCUGACGGUCCAUGUGAGAUGGAGAAGAGUGCAAGUCCUCCUGCUGCUAUCCUCAGCUCCAGUCUGCCCAGGAUCAUGGAGGACUUGCAUGAGCCAGGUGGUUGCAUCACCACAGAGGGGCAAAAUAGGUCCAGCUCAACACAGCACUCCCAAAAAGCUAACCAGUCCCUUUGUGCAGCUGAGCUUGCAGAGGACCUGGGUGACAGGAUGGUGUCUUCAAAGGAGAUGACCAGCAAGGAUUCAGUAACGGGCACGGUAACAUGUCCUGGGGAGGUGGAAGACCCAAGUGGAGCAGAAGACAUGCAGGCUUGCAAGAAAUGGGUUAGCAGGUUUGUGAAGCAAGUGGUAAAGGGAUUGGGUAAAGUCGGCAAAGAGCAGCUUUGUGGUGCUGAUGGCACAGAGGAGAUGGGUGCUGAGACAGGAGACAGUGCUGUAGUAGGCAGCAGCACUGGGAACCAGAGUGAUGCCCUGCAGGGUCCCAUAGCUCCUGAUGAAGAGGAUUCAGAAACCACCCAACAUGUUCCUGGGCAAGGUGCCCUGCAGACCAUGCCACAGACCAGCCCUCCUCCUGCAGAGCCAAAGCAAUGGGCAAAGGCAGAUGUGGCACCAGGCAGUGAGCAUUGCAUGGAGAGCGCGGCUGUUUCGGACCUCCAGAGCCUGUUUGAUGAUGACUCCACGUUCUCCCAACUGUUCCCCCGGGAUGACCAGUUUGUUCGGAGGAAGUGCACACGGGUGUAUGGGAAGCGCAGCAAGAAACCCAAGCCCACCACAGAGGUGAACCUCCAACCCCAAGGUGCAGUUGACCUCUUCUCCAUGCGGUUACCUUCUGAUCUCAGCAAAACCAGCUCUUUCUGUGUCACCAGGGAGGACACUUGUGAUUAUGAAACCAUCUCUGUUGAUGAUGCUUUAAUGCUGAACAUGUGUCACAGCAGCAAGGCAAAGAGCGGAGAUGCUGCUCCCAGUGGAUCUAACAGCGUUGCACCAAGCUCGGACCAUGAGAAGACCGACCAAAGGAAGGAGGACAUUGACCUGGAAGACAACAUGUUAACCUUCUUGUGCCAAAACAGCCAAGACAACAUCCCCAGCUUGAACAUCUGGGGAAGUCUGGAGAAGGAGGGAGAAAGCCUUUGUGCUGAGGACAUGUUUGAGCCUCUGAUGGACCUCGAGGAUGAGCACUCACUCAGAGAAGUGAGCUCCGAGCCCCCUGACCUGCCUGAGGAGCCUUAUGAUGACAAGGCUAACGAAGGUUCAGACUCUCCUGAAUUUCAUACCAUCGACAUUGAGAUGCUGAAUGCAAAGCUAAAAAUGAGAGACAUGUGCUUCUAUGGCUCUUGUGAAGAUCUUCCCUGCACUGGGGAGGACAAUGAUGUGAGCUUCAAGCCAAAGCCAGGCCAGCCCAGCAAGCACAAAAGUAAGCAAGAAGAUGGAAAGCAGGGUAAGAACCGCAGUGAGAUGACCAUCAAGACCAAAGACAAGCAGUACAAAUGCAAAGUCUGCUUCCAGUGGUUCCUGACCCUGGGGGAGCUGGACUUCCACAAGCUCUCCCACAACCCUUCCCCUCCACCUACCUGCUAUAUGUGUGUCCAGCGCAAAUUCAGCUCCCGGGAGCAGCUGAGGGACCACCUGAAGGAGAAGCAUGCCAAGAACAAAGCAGGUCUGUGGACUUGCGGGAUGUGCCUGAAGGAGAUCUCAGAUGUGUGGAUGUACAAUGAGCAUCUCCGGGAACACGCCACCCAGUUUGCUCGCAAGGGGCAAGCACAGAAGUCAGUGAUGGGCCUCCCAGCCUGCUUUGGUGAGGACAACGCUGCUGUCACACACUUCCUCAACACCAUCAUGUAUAGGAAGCCCAGCAGGUCCUCCCGGCAUGCAGACCCCAGCAGCAAGCAUGCAGUUAGCAGGGAGAGCAAGAGCCCCAAAGAGCUGCCCCUCGAGCAAGAGGCCAAGGCAACGAAAGACCCCUUGGAAACCAAUGCCAAGGUGAAGCCACCUGCACCCAGCUCCUCUAAAGCAUCUGCUAGUCCAUCUCCAGAGCACACGGCAAGAAGUGAAGGCACCCCUAAAUCUGUCCCCAUGCACCCAGACUGCAAGGAUCCUUCCCGGGACUGUCAUCACUGCGGCAAACAGUUCCCCAAGCCCUUCAAGCUCCAGAGGCACUUGGUCGUGCACAGUUUACAGAAGAUUUACUUGUGCCACAAGUGUCCGAUGUUCUACCAGGAGACCAAAGAGCUCCGAAACCACCUCAGCCAGGAGCACGGCAUAGUGGAGGAGCAGGAGAUCAAGCACACCACCCUGUAUGCCUGUGAGCUCUGCGCGGACGUCAUGCACGUUAUCAAGAAGUCCUUCAUCUGCAGCAUGUGUAACUACACCUUUUCCAAGAAGGAACAGUACGACCGGCACAUGGAGAAGCACUUGGCAGGAAGCAACAAGACUUUCAAAUUCAGAGGGGUUUGGAGGCCAGGCACUGCCUCCAGGGAGAGCAGGGAGAAGGUGAAAGAGGAUGGCUCCCUGCGGGAAGGCAUGCCACCCAGCAAGAAGAGGAAGGUUUCUCAUCAUGGAAGCUCACUCCCAUCCACCUCUCCGGUCCAUCUCAACCACACCAGUGACCUUCAGCUGGUAGAGGCUGCAAGCCCCAGCCUGCAGGCUCCCACUGACUCCUUCCCUACAUCACCCAGGGAUCCAGGAGCUUCCCAACCCUCUAUGAAAGGAGAGGACCUGGUGAGUGACUUCUCUGACCUACUGGAAGAGAUGGAGAAAUCCCAGUUUGACACGCUGCCUCCAUCACACUGCCUGUCUCCAUCUUUGUCUCAAGCUGCGGCGAGCAGCCCAGAGCUUGGGCAUAUCACUGCCCUGUCAAUAGAGGAGCUGGAGAAAGGAGCGUUUGAUGGGAAACCCCUUCCCUUCUUGGACUCACCUGAGUUUGCCAUUGAUCUUGCUGGGCUGGCUUGUAACCAGGCCACAGACCAAAAGCUCUGUCCUUCACCCCUGAGUGAGAAACGUGACUAUGCCAAAGCACAUAAAAGAACUAGUGUGGGCAACAAAGAUGAAUAUAUAGUGGAUGUCCUGGAAAACCCCAAUGCAGCCACUGAUGCUGUGGAUGGGAUUCCAUUUCUCCAGCUUGAUGAGAAGGCCUCAGAGCUUCCUUCCCCGCAGGCAGAGUCUCCACCAGCCAAGGAGACCCCCAGAUGGAGCAACUCCAGUGCCAGUGAUGCCUCUUCUUCUUGGGAAGGUCCAUCUAAGGCCACCUCUCCAGAAGCUGCCCACCACUGCUUGCCCCUGAAGGACAAGACAGCAUCACCCACACUGGACAGGGCUGCCAAAGAUUCAGCCCUGCAGAAGAAGACCAUGAGUAGCCAGCACAGCAGUAAGGAUGCUACUGGCAUGGGCAGCCCUUGCAGCAGCACCGAGGAGGGUCAGCAACCCAGCUUGGGGAAGGAGAAAACCAUGCUUGAGUCCAAGGACAGUAGCACUAAUGCCAAGGACCAAGGUGGCAACUCAAGCAAAUCCACCAGCCACCAGACCAGGGGUGAGGCCUCCAGCAAUGCUGUGAAACACGGACACAUGGAGCCAAGCAAAGCCUCUGGCAAGCUUCAUGCCAAGAGGAGGAAAGAGCACAAGUCCUUGAGCCACCGGAGCAGCUCCGGCUCCCGGGAGAACAUGGAAGGAGAUGGGAAAAAGAAAAAGACCCGGACCCCAUGCCCAGGGAGGAGCGAGAGCACCACUGAGCUCAAACGCACCGGAUGGAGUAAUGCUGAAGCUUCUGCCCUCUCCACUGGGAAGAGGGAGACCCACUGCAAUAAGCUGGUACCUAAGCCCAAAACGGGCACCCAGCUGAAGAAGAUGGUCUUGGACACUUAUAACCAGAAGAAGGGGAUGCUCCGGCACGCCAAUGGGGAUAUGAAACGCAGGAAGGCCAUUCUGGGCAAGAGCCUUCACCAAGUGUUGGCUAAGGGGCCGGAGCCAUCCCCUCGUGGUUCUUUGCCCCGGGGUGCCAAGCCUGCCAGCUCAGCCAGCUACCGCACUGCCGAGUCCCAGAACAACCUGCUAAGCCAACUCUUUGGGCAAAAAUUAACUAGCUUUAAGAUUCCUUUAAGAAGAGAUACUUCAGAAUAAUUUAUGGAAGUGACUUAUGGUGAUCCCUCAGCUGCUUUCAUGGGGUUUGCAAGGGAAAAAAUUAUCAAAGCAUUAAAUUCGUUUGUGUAGCAUGAUUUCUCUGUCUAGCUUAAAUGAACUUGCACUGCAGCCUCUGUGAAAUAGUUUGCUUUGUGUCUACUAAUCUACUUUAAUUCACCUGAUUUAUCAUGCAAAUGCUAGAACUUUGAUGUUGCUGAUGAUUUUCAUGAACUGAAAUUGUAAUCGCUUUGGGCAGACUGAAUCGUCGAGAGCAAUUGCUUUAUUGCAGAAGUGCUGAGGUUAUAAGGAUACUUGCAAAUCUCAGACCCUUUUGAGUCUGUGUCUGUGUUAUCUUUGUACAAAGUACUUGAAGAGAUGAACUUCAUUCCGUAGACGUCUUAUUCAUAAGGUGCAGUACACUGUAGAAAGCAAAUUAUUAUUUUUUUUCUUGAAGAUUUUGCACAAAUAAUCCCAUACAAUUCAUUUAAUUGGGAGCUGGCCUAAGAGAUGAUACAAUUAAAAAAUUAAAUUAGGAAUCGAGUGUCCUACAUUUUGACAGCCAUCCCUAUGAAUUUGUUUCUACAUCGUCAAGAGGAUAGCGAGGCAGCUCUGGGGCUGUUGGAGCCCUUCAGAGGAUGCUGCCACUCUUUUGACCACUGUAGGCGAUGUAACCAGAGGAGAGCAAACUGCACCUUGACACUUGUGACAAACUGAUCUUUUAGGGGUUUUUUUGGUGUGUAUGUGUGUGUGUGUGUGUGUUUUCUUUAUGGGGGUUAAUUUUUUUGUGCAACGACAAAACUGUGCCAAUUUACCGCACCGAACCGGUACUGUCCGAGUGCCCUCAACAGUAUCACUUCUAAAACUAUCUUACUGUAUUGAGUUAGUGGCUAUAUAGGUAUCCGCUUUUUACUAUGCAGUUACUGGUGCUAUUCUUCUUUUGUAAUGUGAAUACAGACUUCCUUGAUUGAAAAAUAAAAGGGAACCGUUAGGAAGUAGCAGUUACCUGUAAAAGAAAACGAAGCAGGAAAAGGAAUAAAUAGCUUAAAAACAUCCAACUUUAAGAGGGGAGGGGGGAAAGAAUCCUGUAUGCUGGUACUCCGCAGUGUCGAAGAGGUUACGUCUUGUUGAAUGAGCACAUUAUACAACCGAACUUUUGAAUCCGGAAAGAAAUCUCAGGUGCAAAUGAGGACAUGGAGGAUAAUAAAAAUACUAUUGAAAUACUCCCAAGUCAAGGAGGUGAAGUAAUGCACUGAUGUGAUAUGAACAGUCAGAGUACUUUGCGUCUGUCCUGCAAUGAUUUUUUUUUGUUUUGUUUUAGAUUUAAAAGAAAAAAAAAAAGAGGCUUUAUUCUGUUAAUAUGUAUCUUUACAAUUCUUUGUAUUGUAUAAAAAUAUUGUAGGUAAUUUACCUUGGGUGCAAUGUGUUCUGUCAAAAGUUUUUAUUUUGAUAUUUUGUCAGAGAAGCAGAGAGAGAGCAGGAAAACGCCGUUUUAUGAUGUUGUAUGUGUGCUUUUAAAGUGCCUCUUUAAUAUUGUUAAAUAAAGUAUGAGAUGAAAAUAUGGGGUGGUACUGUAAAAUCAUACAUGAUUAAUCUUUUCAAAUAUAUUCCAAUA